UCACCCUUCGGAAUGUCAAAAUCGGCAUCGCGAGCUUCUACCUCAUCCCGCUGGGCAUGUUCUCGCCCUUCUUCUUCGUGUUCGAGCCACGCUGGGUUUACAGCCCGCAGUUCAAAGCCGUGGUACCCAUGGUGUUUCCCACACCGUUUUACCUCACCUGCAGGCGAAUUCUAUCGGAUUACUCCUACUACGUCCUGAUCAACAUCUUCGGCAACAUCGUCCCGGCGACGCUGCUGGUCUGCUCGAUCGUCAUCGGGGUCACUAUGAGCAGGCGGACCAUCCUGAAAACGGCAACGAUGUCGAUGAAAGAUAA